CGGAUCUUUGCUAUUGUUCUGUGUUUUUAUAGCAAUGCUCGGCAAUAAAAUGUGAACCCGACAAAGAGAGAGAGAGAGAGAGGCAGAGAGGGGAGCGGGGGUGGGUUGUACCUCGCAGUGAGGGAGUGCCAUCGUGGGAGCGGUUUGCUCCUCCACAUCAGACCUCUGCUAUCCCUCCAAGCCGGAGGACCGAGGAGGAGCCGCCGUCCUGCUUUGCUCUCUGCGGACUCACGGAUAAUAGCGCACUACAGCUGAGAAAAUGGUUUUGCUGCUGCCGAUGGUUACCCUUUACACGCUGAGCGUCUUUAGCGGAGCAUCCGCCGCCACUCACUAUAAUUGCAACGGUCCUCUGGUAUCAGCGCUACCCCAUUCAUCCUUUCAGAGCUCCUCUGAGUCCUCCGUCAGCUAUGCUGCCUACAACGCCAAGCUCAACAGAAGAGAUGGUGCAGGAGGUUGGUCUCCAAUGGUAACUGACCAAGAGCCCUGGCUCCAGGUGGACCUCAGGGAGCAGAUGGAGGUGACUGCUGUAGCCACACAGGGACGCUAUGACAGCUGGGACUGGGUCAGCAGUUACCUGCUGCUCUACAGUGACACAGGCCGGGCUUGGAAACAGUACAGACAUGAGGAUGGCGUAGGGAGGUUUGUCGGGAAUGGGAACUCGGAGACCAUCGUUCAGAACAAGCUGUCCCACCCUGUGAGAACACGCUUCCUGCGAUUCGUCCCUCUUGACUGGAACCCCAGUGGCUGGAUGGGCCUCAGGGUGGAGGUGUACGGGUGCUCCUACAAGUCAUACGUGGCAGACUUUGACGGCAGAAGCUCAUUGCUGUAUCGGUUCAACCAGAAGUCCAUGUCGACGGUCAAGGACGUGAUCUCUCUGCGCUUCAAAAGCCAUCAGGCCGAGGGCGUUCUACUGCAUGGAGAAGGGCAGAGAGGAGAUUACAUCACACUAGAACUUCACAGAGGAAGACUGGACCUCUACCUCAACUUAGAUGAUAGCAGAGCGAGGUUCAGCAGCCAUCGUGUUCCUGUCACUGUGGGCAGUCUGCUGGAUGACCAGCACUGGCACUCAGUUCAUAUAGAGCGCUUCAACAAGCAGGUUAACCUCACAGUGGACUCCUACACACAGCGCUUCCAAACCAAAGGGGAAGGACACUCACUGGAGGUGGACUACGAGCUGAGCUUUGGAGGGAUCCCGUUGCCGGGUAAGCCCGGCACCUUUCUGAGGAAGAACUUCAAUGGUUGCAUGGAAAACCUCUACUACAACGGGAUCAAUGUCAUAGAUCUGGCAAAGAGACGCAAGCCGCAGAUACACAGCGUGGGCAAUGUGACCUUCUCGUGUUCGCAGCCCCAGCUGGUGGCUUGCACCUUUGUGAGCUCCAGCAGCAGCUUCCUGUCGCUCCCAUCAGCAUCGCCUGGUGCGGGGGGUUUCUCCGUUCGCUUCCAGUUCAGGACGUGGAACCCGGAGGGGUUACUGCUCUCCGUCCAACUCAACCCAGAUCCACAGAAACUGAGGCUGCAGAUCAGCAACAGCUGGCUACGCCUGACCCUCCACAGCUCGGGACGACAGAAAUCAGAGGUCUCAGCCGGCAGGAGAGUCAGCGAUGGACUGUGGCACUCUGUGAGCCUCGACGCCAGGAACCUACAGAUCACUCUGACUGUGGAUAAUGAGCCCUCCUCCACUAUUGAACUUUGGGAACAAGUGCAAUCAAGAGGCAGCUUUUACUUUGGAGGCUGUCCUGCGACUGCUCCAGACUGCCAGGGCUUUGCUCCAGCCUUCCAGGGUUGCAUGCAGCUCAUAUUCAUCAACAGCCAGCUGAUGAAUCUCAGUCAUGUACAGCAAGGACUGCUGGGGAAUUAUAACGAGCUUCAGUUUGACACGUGCAAUAUAAAAGACAGAUGCCUUCCUAACCUGUGUGAACACGGAGCGCGCUGUUCUCAGAUGUGGAGCUCUUUCUCCUGUGACUGCUCAGGGACGGGUUAUGCUGGAGCGACAUGUCACAACUCCAUUUACGAGUCUUCCUGUGAGGCCUACAAGCUGAGUGGCAGCUCAUCGGGCUUCUACUUCAUUGAUCCAGAUGGGAGUGGUCCUUUGGGGCCCACACAGGUAUACUGCAACAUGACAGAGAAGAAGGUGUGGACCGUGUUGUCCCACAACAGCACAGCUCCGGUCACAGUUCAGACCUCUUCCCUUCAGAAACCUCACGUCAUGAUUUUCAACUACAGCGCUUCGGCCGAACAACUACGUGCCAUCGUAUCUGGGUCAGAACAGUGCCAACAGGAAGUGGUUUACAACUGCAGGAAGUCCCGUCUUUUUAACACAAAAGAUGGCAGUCCGCUUUCUUGGUGGCUGGACCGGGAAGGAGAAAAGAGGAGCUACUGGGGAGGCUUCCUGCCUGGGGUUCAGCAGUGCUCCUGCAGCCUGGAGGAGAACUGCAUUGACAUGAACUACUUCUGCAACUGUGAUGCUGAUACAGACACAUGGGCUAAUGACACAGGAGUCCUCUCCUACAAAGACCACCUACCAGUGAGCCAGAUAGUGAUCGGAGACACCGACAGAAUGGGCUCGCAGGCUGUCUACCACAUCGGCCCUCUGCGUUGUUAUGGAGACAGGUCGAUAUGGAACGCAGCCUCUUUCUACCAGGAGUCGUCAUACCUGUACUUCCCCACCCUACAGGCAGAGCUGGCAUCUGACAUCUCCUUUUACUUCAAGACCAGCGCUCCCUCUGGAGUGUUUCUGGAGAACCAGGGCCUCAAGGACUUCAUCAGAGUCGAGCUUAGCUCUCCCUCAGUGGUGACUUUCUCCUUUGAUGUGGGAAACGGUCCGGCGGUCCUGUCCGUAAAGUCCCACGUCCCUCUGAAUGACAGGCAGUGGCACUACGUGAGGGCGGAGCGCAACGCCAAGGAGGCCUCCGUGCAGGUCGACCAGCUCCCCCUCCGCUUCCUGGAGGCUCCGGCCGACGGACACCUCCGCUUACGGCUCAGCAGCCAGCUGUUCGUAGGAGGAACGGCGUCCCAGCAGAGAGGUUUCCUGGGCUGUAUCAGGUCUCUGACCGUCAAUGGUGUCAGCUUCGAUCUGGAGGAGAGGGCCAAGAUGACACCGGGAGUGAGCGCCGGCUGUCCCGGCUACUGCACCGGAUCCAGCAGCCUCUGCCACAACCGAGGGAGGUGCGUGGAGAAAAGCAACGGCUACAUCUGUGACUGCUCACAGUCUGCCUACGGAGGAACCACCUGCAACCAAGAGGUGUCUGUGUCCUUUGACAGAGAGUCCUCAGUCACCUACACCUUCCAGGAGCCCUUCUCAGUGAUGCAGAACAGAAGCUCUCAGGCCUCCACCUCCUCCACGGACAGCAGAGCCAGAGAGGACGUGGCCUUGAGCUUCGUCACCUCCCAGAGACCAGCCAUGCUGCUCACUGUCAGCACCUUCAGCCAGCAAUACAUCGCUGUCAUCCUGGCCACAAAUGGGAGUGUGCAGAUCUGGUAUCACCUGCAGACAGACAAGAAACCGGACGUGUUCACUCCCACCCCGAGUAAUCUGGCAGAUGGACGUCUUCAUCGAAUCAGAAUCCACCGAGUCGGCAAAAACCUCUACGUACAGAUCAACCAGGACAUCCACAGGAAGUACACGCUGUCAUCUGAUGCAGAGCUGAUCCUCAUACGAUCGCUAACGUUAGGCAAAGUCGCCAGAAUGGAGCAUUUUGAUGAGGAAGUGAUACAAGGAGCUUCUAAAGGAUUCAUUGGCUGCCUUUCCUCAGUCCAGUUUAAUCAUGUGGCACCACUGAAGGUAGCGCUGACCAAUCGCGGAAGCUCAUUGGUCACCAUCCGUGGUCCGCUGGUCCAAUCAAAUUGUGGCGCGCUAGCUGAGUCACAUACUCUGCAAGAUCAGGCUGUAAAUGCAAAUAAAGACAAAGAGCAGCGUGCCGGCAGCACCCAGAAGGAUUUGGCUGUAAUAGCAGGUGUGGUCACUGCAGUGGUCUUCAUAACCGUGUGCGCACUGGCUGUGGUGAUCCGCCUGGUCUACCAGCAGCGGCGGGCCCAGAGGAGCAGCGGCAGCAUCAAAGAGGAGCACAGACACAGCAUGUACACAGACUACAGGACUGAGCUGCACCUCCACAACCCAGUCAGAGACAGCGUGAAGGAAUACUACAUCUGACUGCGGCGUGCAGCCGAUGUCACAAACUUACCUCUUUCUUCUAAAGGACUCACAGGUGGACGUGCUGCCGCAGGAUUUCUUACAACACUGCAUAUCUCCGCCCUGGAAGUUCCCCAGGGACACUGCAAAAGUCAGCAGACUCCAAUCCACUCUCAAUGCUCCUGUAAAAGCAAGUGGCUGAAUCUUUGCAGCUCUUAGUGUAUUUGAUGUUGGUGAAAUUGUCAGAAUCAAGCUGCUGUGGUUUCCGUCAUUGCGAAAUGUGUAAAGCAAAAGUCGAUUCGUUCUGAGGGGUGAAAGUGGGGGCGUGGACGAGCGGCGAGCGUGAAGCUCCCGACUGUCCUGAAUGUGCACAACAAUAUUUCCACAUUUCAGUGGGACUCACUAAAUUGUAUUUGUUAGUCAGGAAAUGUAGGCAAGGCCUGUAAGAUAUGCAUCCAUCCGCUGCUCUCUAUUUGUUUUUCCACUGGGGGUGAAUGUCGCAGAAGCAAAGGGACAAUACUGCCUACACUGUAUGAGUGCCUAAUUUGCAUAUUUGUUUUGAUUUGAACAAAGUUCUUCGUGUGACCCUCACAGACGCAGGCACAUUUUCCUAGAAAAGAGCUCAUUGUCAUUCCGAGCCACGCUGCAGGAAACAGAAGAAAAUGGGAAUUUCACAGAAUUUCAUCGUCUCUAGAGCGCGGCCGUUAGCGAUGGGUGACCAUCGCUAACAUUUCUUUCACCAGGCUGUUUACCACUACACUGUUGUUAGCAGCGUGGAAACUGACAGAUAGAACAGUCCCACAGAUUUAGAGUCUUUGUUGAUGUACAGUGAGGGCCUCAUUUAUCUGCAGAAAGAAAAUAAUAAUAAUACUGACCAUGAUAAUAAAAACUGAUAGUGUGCCCACGCGCUGUCUUUACCACAGUACAGCGUUCAACACAUCAUGAAGUUACCCUCAGCACAUAGACGGGGGUCUACACACCCACAUGGGUGAAAGAAGUGACCACAAUAAUCCCUGUUUGUAUUCUGUUAUGUUGUAAACUUUCCCAGAUUCAUAUCGAGGAGCCUCUCAGCUCAUUUCUGUCUCAGACGAGCUGCUCGAGCUCCUUUAACCCAUUUUCACACACACAGGUGUGACCAGCACAGAGUGAGGCUGCUGUGCUCACAGCCACAGCCGUCCUACUUCUCACACAGACGUGUCACAUAUGUAAGGGAUGGAUGUAGCCACCAUGGCAUCCUUUUGGAUAGCCUCAUGCUGAGCACUGAGCAAUCAAUCACACUGUAAACCCUGUUUUAUUCUUUGUUUGAUUCAACUUCAGUCUUCUAGUUUCUCUCUGCAGCCAGGCCCCGAGGACCAGCCCCCUGCUGGCCAACAAUGAACAUCUUCCUUUGCGUGACUCUUCAGUCUUUUAUAUAAACAUGACCACAACAUGACCACACUACAUGUUAUGUGGAUAAAUGAACGCUUGGCUCGGUGGAAUUUGGGAUCUUUAUCUGACGUUUUUACUUUCAUGUGACAACAACAAAUCUUACAAACUUGAUAUUAACAAGGAUGCAAAAAAAGCUGAUAGAUGAGGCCCCGACUGUCAACAGCGAGUGUUGCAAGUGUUUUUGUUCAUAAUGAAGGAGAUGCAAUAUGUAAAAAGGGUGUGAAUUGUGUCAUAAAAGUAGCAGAAAUAAGAAAAUAACUGAGAGAAAUGUAUUAUUUAAAGCAGUUAUUUAUGCCAAGACUAAAGGGUAUAAUUAUCAAGCAGAGGGUCCAUGUGAAACACCACAGGCAGCCAGAAGCAGCAGUUACAACCCUGGGAGCUUGUGUUCUUUAACAUACAGACAGUAGUUUACUUCAUACGACAAGUUUUGGGUUUACAGAAAUCAAAGUAACCGAGAGCAAAAUCACAGCAGCACGUUUGCGAGGUUUCGUCCCGUGGAGGAGAACGUCCGAAUUUUGCUGGGAAAUGUCUGGAAAUUUUUUCAUAGCAGCAUCACUUGUGGAGCAUCAAACCUGUAGUGCAGAAGUUUAAUCUGGCUUGUAUUUUAGAGCACUAACCGGCAGUGCUUAGAGCUUUUUGCAUAAAAGAAGACGGCCAAUAUCAUACCGGAUGGAAUUAAUUUAUUUUCAGAUUUACUGGGAGUGAAAUGGUACGUUUCUGUGUCUCAAAUGGAAAUGUGAAAAAGGAAAUUAAAGGAUGGAUGAAAAUGGAGACUACUUUGCUUUUUUAGAUCCUUGCUUCUAGUGGGCACGAAGGAGAUGCCAGAGAAAACAAAUCACGUUAUCUAAAUUUCAAAAGCAGCCUUUUGAGCCAGUUCUGCAUUAUCAUACUGAUCUCAUUAUCCGCUGGGCUCAGCUGCUCUCUGGCUGCAUACCUGUCUUUGUCACCAUCAGUUAUGCUUUGAACUUAACGGGCUAAACGUAAAGGUUAAGUCCAAAGAAAAGCUGACAGGAACACGGCCGUUUAUUUAGCAUCUUGUCAUGAACUAAAGUGUUCAUUCUCCUGGGAUCUAAAUGUCAGAAUAAAAUGUUUAAAAAACAAAGCAGUGAGAUUUCCCUCACGUAAAAAUGUUUGGACCAAUGCAAUGAUGAAUACAAAGACUGGAGCUCCAGCUGCAACAGCUAAAGAUGACUGAACGUGAUGAAGGACAGCGGUGUGGCUGAGCCCGUGUACCCUCUCUGUGCAUGUCCUCCAAAUAUGCCUGAAGAUGAUUCCCAUAUUUGUGAAUGAAUACAUACCUCUCAGAGAGUUUCAGUUACACUGCAAUGGGUAAUAUCAUGUGGUCACUUCUUAAUGAUUUGUAUAGCUGCGGUUUUAUUAAGAAUCUAUUGUAUAGAUGUAUAAUUUAAUAAUAAAAGUCAAUAUAUUGUUA